AUAACGGAGGGCGUGAAGCCCACCCUCUCGGAGCUGGAGAAGUUCGAGGACCAGCCCGAAGGCAUCGACCUGGAGGUGGUGACGGAGAGCACGGGGAAGGAACGAGAGCACAACUUCCAGCCCGGCGACAACGUGGAGGUGUGCGAGGGCGAGCUGAUCAACCUGCAGGGCAAAAUCCUCAGCGUCGACGGCAACAAGAUCACCAUCAUGCCCAAACACGAGGACUUGAAGGUCAGGGCUUCCCCGGGGAGCUGCGGAAGUAUUUCAAGAUGGGUGACCACGUCAAGGUGAUUCGCGGGGCGUUCGAGGGCGACACGGGGCUGAUCGUGAGGGUGGAGGAAAACUUCGUCAUCCUCUUCUCUGACCUCACCAUG